GAUCAAGCAUCCGUGCACCGACGACGAAAUCCGUCCCCUACGCAUUCAGCGGACGAGUGGAUCUCCACGGCUCGGUCACUGCUCAGUAAUCGCCGAAGACUUGCCUCUCUGGGCUGCUUGCUCUGUCUUCUGUCCCUAGCGUCGCUCUUAAUUCUGUCCUCGUCCGUGCGGAUUCAGGAUGCCCAGCACGUGGACAAUACGUGCAAACCGAUGGAGCCAGUGAAAGAGCAGCUUCUCGUGCUGGGACCACCAACGACGCGAUUCAGGGACAAUAUUCGAAAUGAUACGAAGUACAUCACCUCGUGGAUUUCUGCGGGUUGGACGAACGACGUGAUGACAUAUGGUAACCUCAUCUACCUCGGCAUGAUCACAAACCGCGUGCCUGUCAUUCCACCUUUCACUUCUUCCGGCCACAUAGGCUUCGCUCAACCUGUACCUUUCGGAGAUAUAUUCGACAUUCUUCGACUGCGUAAGGCUGUCGGACCUAUCUUGGAAUGGCGGGAUAUCAAAGACCCGGAGAGCGAGGAAAUAGAGGACAUCGGCUGCUGGAACAUAUGGGAAGCCGUCCAGUACGAACAUAAAAACCCCAGGCAUAGUCACGUCCCUACUUGGUUGAACCUAGACAUAUCUUACACUCGUGCUCCGGAUUGGGUUAAGCUUCUACCAGGCUUUGGGCCCGAUCAGCACAGCACGUUCUGGUCUCUUGCCCCCCUCGCUUACCCGGAGGCGCGAAAUGCGAGCCUCGGUAACAUCCUACCCUCGCCGAUACACAAGGCCAAGCUAGACCCGGACGAACAUAUGCUUUGCUACGACUUUUUAUACUACGUAACACUCAACAAACCAUGGGAAUGGGACACAGACUAUGCUCCGAUGUGGCGAGAGGUCGUCAAGCACUUCCGCUGGACAUCGAAAAUGGAAGAUCUAGCAAGGACUUCCCUUCGCGCUACCUUUGGGCUCCCCGAACAGGAAACCAUCCCUCCGUUUAUCUCCGUCCAUGUGCGGCACAAUGAUUUCUUGGAUUGGUGCGGUGAUGUCCCCCGCGAAGAGUGCUUCGCGUCUCUGCCGGUCGUCGCACGUCGCGUUGAAGAAGUGCGAACAGAGCUCCGCGAGCGCAAGGGGUUGGCUGUCGACACAGUGGUGAUGACUAGCGAUGAGAAAGAUCCGGAAUGGUGGCAGGAUGUUAAGAAGCUUGGCUGGGUGCCGAUUGAUCACGCAGCAUUGCGAACGGUGGAUAUGCAUGGGAAAUGGUAUCCCAUAUUGAUCGAUGCGGUAAUACAGAGCAUGGGCGCGGGAUUUGUUGGAACUGACCGCAGCACUAUGAGCAUGCUAGCUCGCAGACGUGUACAGGAUUGGCACAAUGGAGCUGUACGCGAUGUCAAGUGGGGCUAUCUAGAUGCAGACGCCCACUGAGCACUCCGGUAUAUCUUUCAUAAUGAAGGCGCAUUUUCUCC